AUGGCCGAUUCCCGCAACAGCUUCCGGACCUAUGGAGGAGGGGAACGGAAGACGAAGAUGUUGAACGACAGUGCCUUUGGGCAGGCCUACCAAAAAUCCACACACUCGCUCGAUCCUCCCUCCGAAUGGUGCUCCAGCAGGCCAAGGACGAUUUACAACGUGCCUUCGACAUCCAUGUCGCCUUCGUCCUUGGCCAUCAACAAUCGUGAGCUGCAGCGGAGAAAACGAGUCGCGGGUUACAAGUCGUAUGCUCUGAGCGGGCAGGUUAAGGCCUCUUUCCGUAAGGGAUUUCGUUGGGUCAAGAACAUUUGCUCUCAUUUCGUCCAUGGCCACUGA